CCCCCUUGCUGUGUUUUUCUGGUGAUGAUGAGUUCAGGACACAGGGCUCCUCUGUAGGGAUCACUGGGCUUAGAAGGAAUUCAGUGGCAGCCAUCACUGGUGUUCAGAGACCCCCUUUCUGGAGAAUGUACAGCCUGUGCUUCCUUGCUGCUCUCAUAGGAGCUCUUCAAGUUGGGUGGUCUGAGCUCCAUGGCCAAGCCUGCCUGGACAAUUUCACCAAGAGCAAGUCCAACUUUGUGCUGGAGCUGAAUGAAUCUGUGAGCGAUGGGGCCACAUUCCUCUCCUCCCCCAGCCUGGACAGGGGUAGGGACUGUAUGUCAGCUUGCUGUAGGACCCCUGGAUGUAACCUGGCUUUGGUGGAGCUGGAGCCCGGCCAUGAUGACAUCAUUAAGUCUUGCUUCCUGUUGAACUGCAUCUACAAGCAGGAGUUUGUCUGUAAGUUGGCCAGGAAGGAGGGAUUUCUCGGUUACGUCCUGCUAGACGGCAGCAACAAGUAUUUACAGCGAUGGGAAGAGACUGAAGGUGAGCGUGAUGAUCCACCAAUAGCCAGAGUAAGCAAAGAUGUAAAAACGCAACCGUCUCAGAAUGUGGUGCUGAGUGGUAUUGAAAGCUGGGACAGAGAAGGUAUUGCCAGCUAUGAAUGGAAACUGUUAGAAGGCGAGCCUGAUGUUGUUAUGGAGAAAAACUCAGAUCAACCAGCGUUUGUAGAGGUUUCCAAUCUCCACAACGGAAUGUAUAUUUUUGAGUUGGUGGUCACUGAUACUGCCAACCAUCAGAGUUCAGCCACUGUCACAGUCACUGUGCUGACAAAGGAGCAGACUGAAGAGUACUGUCUUGCUCCUAAAAAAGUUGGUCGAUGUCGUGGAUCCUUUACGAGAUGGUAUUACAAUUCAGAUGUGAAUGACUGUGAAGAGUUUGUGUUUGGAGGGUGCAAACCAAACAAGAACAACUAUGUCCAACAAGAGGAUUGUAGGCAGGCAUGUGUCAAUUUGUCUGGUGAGUCCAUGGAGCAAAAACACCCCAUGUGUGGUGGGCACUGCCAACCUACCCAGUUCCGCUGUGCUGAUGGCUGCUGUAUUAAUGGAGCUUUUGAGUGUGACGAUACUCCUGACUGUGCUGAUCAUUCUGACGAGGCAUCCUGUGAUAAAUAUGAUAGAGAUUUUAAGAAACUGCAGGAAUUGGAAGUCCCCAAUAGUAAAGCCCGAUGUGUAGAGUUGCCAGAGACUGGUUCAUGUCGAGCUGCUUUUUCCCGCUGGUAUUAUGAUCCUGUCGCCAUGAAGUGCAUGGGCUUUACUUAUGGAGGAUGUCAGGGAAAUGGAAAUAACUUUAUGCAUGAAACGGAUUGUGAAGAAUUCUGCAAAGGAGUCUCUGAGAACGAUAUUUUUGAUACAAAAAUGGGAGACCGGAGUGCUCAAGAAGAUGAAGGCGGUUCAGGUUCUGUUGAAGUGGGUGUUGCAGUGUUUCUGGGGAUCUGUAUUCUGGUUGUACUAGCUGUGAUUGGAUACUGUUAUCUGAAGAAGAAGAAGAAGAAUAGUAGUAGUAGUAGACGGCAGCCUACUGUGAACAGCACCGUCGUCUCCACUACUGAAGACACGGAGCACCUUGUAUAUAAUCGCACCACCAAACCUGUGUGAGUGGUCCAUGCCCCCACCCAAGUGAGCUCUGACCUAGGUUAUAGACUACUUCAACACUCCAUACUGUGCUCUACUGCACAUAAGACUUAGAUGCACACAGCCAAUAGCCAGUGUGGGCUGGCAGCAUUUAAAAAGAAGACUACAUAUGUGUA